UUCCUUUCUGUCAUACUGACUCUCAGUGCCUUCACAAAAGUUUCAUAAUUAAAAAAAAUUAAUAAAUAAAUCAGCGUUCAGUGGAGAAAGAAGAGGAACACUUUCAAGAAGGAUAUUUGAGAAGUUUAUUUCUGAACAGACAGCGGAUUCUUUAUUAAUUUUUGAAACAAUCAUUCAGAAAGUGAAAGUAAAGUUUAGCAUGCUGGAGCUCAAACAGUGAAAAUGACUUCACUUAAAGUGUCUGCAGAAGAACUUUCUUGUUCCGUGUGCUGUGAAAUCUUCAAGGAUCCUGUUGUUUUAUCAUGUAGUCAUAGUGUCUGUAAAGAGUGUCUUCAAAAGUUCUGGAGAAUCAAAGAAACUCGUGAGUGUCCUGUCUGCAGGAGAAGAUCCUCAAAUCGUGAUCCUCCAUGUAAUCUGGUAUUAAAAAACUUGUGUGAGUCGUUCCUGAAGGACAGAAAUAAAAGCCUUUCAAUAGGGUCUGAGGAGAUCUGCAGUUUACACAGUGAGAAACUCAAACUCUUCUUUCUGGAGGACAAACAGCCUGUGUGUUUAGUGUGUAGAGAUUCACAGAAACACAUCAAUCACACAUUCAGACCCAUCAGUGAAGUUGUUCCAUCAUAUAAGGAGGAGCUCAAUACAAUACUAAAGUCCUUACAAGAGAAACUUGAAGACAAUGAAAACAUUAAAGGAGAGUUUGAGAAAACCAUUCAACACAUCAAGUCUCAAGUUGAGCUCACAGAGCAUCAGAUUAAACAGCAGUUUGAGAAGCUUCAUCAGUUUCUCAGAGAUGAAGAAGAAGCUACAAUCACUGCAUUGAGGGAGGAAGAGGAGCAGAAGAAGCAGAUGAUGAAGGAGAAGCUGGAGGAGAUCAACAGACACAUCUCAACUCUUUCACAGACAAUCAAAGACACAGAGGAGAUGAUGAAAGACAAUGACAUCUGCUUUCUACAGAAGUUUCCAGUCUCAAUAGAAAGAGUCCAGAUCUUACAGCCGGAUCCACAGACGCCUUCUGGAGCUUUGAUUCAUGUGCCACGUUAUUUGGGCAACCUGCCAUUCAGAGUCUGGAAGAAGAUGCAGGACAUCGUCCUAAACACUCCUGUGAUUCUGGAUCCAAACACGGCUCAUCCACGCCUCAUCCUGUCUAAUGAUCUGACCACUAUGAGAUACAGUGAGAACAAACAACCGCCUCCUGAUAAUACAGAGAGGUUUGACAAGUAUCUCUGUGUUUUGGGUUCAGAGGGUUUUAACUCAGGAACACACUGCUGGGAUGUGGAGGUUAAAGAGAGUCGAUACUGGAGUCUUGGAGUAACUACAGCAUCAAACCAAAGAAAGGGACGUGAUUUCUGUAACAGCCAUGUGUGGUGUGUGAAGUAUGAUCCUUUCAAAAGGUCUAAACCAUUUGGUUUUCAAGUUGAACAGGAUCUUGAGCGUGUGAGAGUGUAUCUGGACUAUGACAGAGAAACGGUGUCAUUCUCUGAUCCUGUAACUAACACACAUCUACACACAUUCACAACCACCUUCACUGACACUGUCUUGCCAUUCUUCUGUUGUUUUCCUUCUCUGAGGAUAUAACCAUUAAAUAGUUAGUAAUCGUCCUCCUGCUUUCAUCUUUUUCAAAGUUUAUGAAGUUUUAAAAAAGUGCUAAACUAUAACAACCCUGUGCUGAUCAGUGUAAUGGGUGUUAUAUUACUUUAUUAUUUUUUACACAAAAUCUCUUCCUUAAAGCUAUAUUUAACUAACACACAUUUGCUCACUCUUCAUGCUGCAUUUCAUUCAGACUGGUUUUAGAUUUUAUAUGAGUAAUGCAGGCAUGCAUUUAUUUCUGUUGACACGCAGGACGAUGCAGAAAAGAUGAAGAGACAAAAACUGGUUUGGUGUUUUAGUAAGUGCUGCUCACGUCUCCAAUCACUGAUAAUCAGCACGAUAAGCAGACAUUUGUUUAUCACUGUGACUUCAGUAUGUGAAGAAAUCAUUUUGACAUUUUGAACAUGACACUCUGGAUAAACUCUAAACUAAUUCACCCUGUAAAAACUAUUCAGAAGAGAUUGGGAAGACUAAUUUCUUCACUCCUUUUCUGUCAUACGGACACUUUUCUGAAUUUCUGGACAAAAUCAAGUAGGAAUCAACGAUCAAGGAAGAGCAAAAAAAAUUUCCUAGAAGGAUUUAUUUGUGUUUCCCAUGGUGUUUCAUUUUUAAACUAUCAUUCAAAUAGAGUUCAAACCUGAAAAUGGCUUCACCAGCUGAAUGUGAUUAUAUUUGUUCCUUGUGCUCUGAUAUCUUCAAGACUCCGGUUAUUUUAUUGUGUUGUCAUAAUUUCUGUAAAAAGUGUCUUCAGCAGUUCUGGAGAACCAAGAAAACUCAGGAGUGUCCUGUCUGCAGGAGGAGAUGCUCAAAAGAAAAGCCUCCAUGUAAUCUAGUGUUAAAACAAUUGUCUGAUUCGUUACUGAAGGAGAGAAACGAGAGGCGUUCAUCAGGAUCUGAGGAGAUCUGCAGUUUACACAGUGAGAAACUCAAACUCUUCUGUCUGGAGGACAAACAGCCUGUGUGUUUAGUGUGCAGAGAUUCACAACAACACAACAAUCACAAAUUCAGACCCAUCAGUGAAGUUGUUUCAUCAUAUAAGGAGGAGCUCAACACAGCACUGAAGUCCUUACAAAAGAAACUCAAAUACAAAGAAAAUGUGAAAAAACUGUUUGAAAAAACAGCUCAACACAUCAAGAGUCCAGAUCUCACAGCCGGAUCCACAGACGCCUUCUGGAGCUUUGAUUCAUGUGCCACGUUACUUGGGCAACCUACCGUUUAGAGUCUCCAAGAGGAUGCAGGACAUUUUCCAAAAAACUCCUGUGAUUCUGGAUCCAAAC